AUGACUGUGUCCUUCCAUGCUCCCCUCAUCUUCGAACCCCUCACUGACAGCCGCCUCGCCGAAGAAGCGAGACGCGUUCUCCUCCACUUCGCAUUUCCACCCCCCUCUCUCGGACCACCAUUCCAUAAUCGAAUCGACAUUCCCUUCUUCUACGCCUCCAUCAAGCCUGCACCACAGCUCUCAUCCACCAAGCUCUACGAAGCUGCUCAGCCGGAUGCCCUUCUCCCCACUUUACUCCCUUUCCAACGAAGAACUGUGGCUUGGAUGCUCGAGAGGGAGGACAAAACGUUGGACGCGUCGUCUGGUGCUGUAGUAGAUCGUGCAGUAGAUCUGACGGACUUGCCGUUAUUCUGGGAAAGUAUUAGGGUCAGGCCAGAGUCGGGUACAACAACGACAUGGUAUUUCCGAAGACUCACAAGCGAACUCACUAGCGAGUUUCCGAGUCAGGAGAUGACGUGUUUUGGUGCAUCUGUCUGCGAGGAACCCGGCUUGGGGAAGACCCUUGAAUGUAUAGCGCUCAUCCUUCUCAACCCCGGCAUCGGACGGAAUCCCACUGUCGUCCGUUGGGAUCCUGAGGCAAAGGUGGAGGUCAAGCAGAUCAAGACGAAUCUCAUCGUAACCCCCGUCUCCCUGUCCCAGCAAUGGAAAGACGAAAUUACUCUACAUUCUCCCACUCUCAAAGUCUUCGUUUACGAAGGUUGGAACAAGCUUCCCGUUCCCAUCACCCCCAACACAGCUGUUCCCAUCGGCAAACCCAAACUCAGACGAAAAGGCAAUGUCGGACGUCGUAAAAACACGGUCGGAGCGAACGGUGACGCCAUGGAAAUCGAUGAAGAUAACGAAGCCAAGAUCACCGACGGCCUGGAUUGGGUCGCAUUCGUGAACACUUUCGACGUGGUCAUCACAACGUAUAAUGUUCUCCAACAGGAUUUGAAUGUGGCGAGGGCACCACCUGUGAGGCCGAGGAGGGAGGUGGCGGAAUAUUCGAGGACGGAGCGGGCGAGAAGCCCGUUGAUCAUGGUGGAGUGGUUUAGGGUCAUCAUGGAUGAGGUGCAGGUGGUUGGAGGAGGAAAGACUGAGUAUAUGGUGUCACUUAUUCCACGUCUUUCAUCCUUUGCGGUCUCGGGUACACCUGCUAGAUCUCAUGUAGCUGACCUGUCCCACGUCCUCAAGUUCUUGCGUGUUGAUCCGAUGAUCUACUCACAACGAAUCUGGUCCCGCCUUUUGCGAGCACCAUACGCAUCCGACUUUGCCGCUUUGUUCCAGAAGUAUACUGUCAGGACCAUGAAAUCCGCUGUCAAAGACGAGCUCACUAUUCCACAGCAAACACGUUAUCUGGUGCCAAUAGAGCUUGGUCGCGUCGAACGCCACGUAUACGAUCAAAAUAUUGAAAAUGCCCUGCUCGAUCUUGGAUUGGAUGCUCGCGGUGUCGCCGCCUCAGAAGACUGGGAGCUCGAUUCGAGCGUCUUGAGGACCUGGCUUCGGAAGCUUCGACAGAUAUGUACGCAUCCUCAAGUCGGCAGUUUGUCGACUAAAGAGAAGCAGCUUGGGAAGAGUGGUGCGUUGAAGACUAUGGCCGAGGUCCUUGAGGGCAUGAGAGAUCAGAAUUGGAAGAACAUGAUGGAGGAUCGACGGACGAAGGUCAAUGAACUCGCCACAGCUGCACAGUUGGUCCAGCACGACAAAGGAGCAGCCACCACCGCCCAACGCGCUGCCAACCUACUUCUCCAGGCCGAACAAGAAGCCAACGCCGCCAUCCAAGAAGUACAAGCUGAAAUCGCACUGCACGAUGAAAAAGGUGAAGUACUCAAGAAAGAGGCCGCUGCCGUGCGCGCCGCUCGCAGGAAAUCUGUCGAACCCGAUCCUUUUGACAAGGGCAAAGGCAAGGCUCGAGUGGUGGACGACUUUUCCAGCGAUGAAAGCGACGACGACAACGAUUCGAUGAGCGACGAAGGUAUGCCGAAGACGCCUGCAGGAAGGGAACAUGUGCAUAAGAAGACCGGUUUGGUCAAUCGAUUGAGGGAUUGGUAUUUGACAUUGCAUAGGGUGAAGUUCUUGCAGGGAGAUGUGUAUCAUGUCAUAGGAGACCAUAAGGCCGUGGAUGAGGAGGCAGCGUAUGCUGCAGCAGAGGUUCUCCGGAAGCGGCUGCUCAAACUCACGGAGGUAUCUGCCGUGCGGGCCAUGGGGCAGCUCAAGGUGGAUGUCACAACAUCUUCGAGCCGACAGGGCGUGAAUUUGGAGAAGAUCCUGGUCGACUUCGACGACUGGCCCAAAGGCGGGAUACGCUCCAGUGACCUGCUGGAUCAAGCCAAGGAGAUCGCAGACGAACUCCUAAACGCGCAGGCGAGACUAUUUUGGAAGUGGCGAGAGCACAUCUACCAUCUCAUUGCCCAACCCCUCGGCGCCUCCGACUCAGAAACCGAUGGUGCUGAUGGUCAAGAGUACUCUCGCUCGCUCGCCACCCAGGGCGAGGCUGAGGUCUACCUUCAAUCGUAUGCCUCCCUUCUCGCUGACCGUCGCGAAGUCCUCGUCAACGAGCGUACUAUGCUUGCUGUCCAUGACGCCAAGGAGAAGAAACUUCGUCGUACAAAGGCGGCCGCAAAGGCCGUUGCUCAUGAUGAUGACGCGGAUAUGAUAGAUACCGAGGUCGAAGUAGAGCCAGAACAUAUGGUCUUGAGGAAGCAGCUCGAAGACGAGAGGAGAGCACUGCUUGCACAGUUCGAGGGCGUGGCUGUCAAGUCCAUCGUAGUCCAGCUCAAUGCCGUAGCGGCGAAGUUACCCAAGGAAGACGACCCGGAGAAGAUCUUGGCAAGGGAAGGCGCGAGCGCACUGCGUAAGUUGAUGUCAGACCAAGCUUCUGCGAACGAAAAGCUGGAGGCCGACCUCGCCCUGUUCCGGAAGGCCUUCAACGAGCGGAUCUUGUACUUCCGGCAGCUACAAGAGAUCUCGGACUCUGUGGUAGAAGUUCAAUGGGAUGGUGCCGUUGGCGACGCUAUCAAAGAGAAUGAGACGACGAGAGUUGAGCUGGAAAAGAAGAUCAACACUGCUCGCGCACGCCAUCGAUAUCUCAACCAUCUCGCAAGCAAAGAGGGAGAGGGUGGCGAGGACGAUGAAGAGGAUGCUUGCGUUCUCUGCAAGUGCGAGUUUGUGCGUGGAUACAUCACGCAAUGUGCACAUGUUUACUGCGAAGAUUGCAUGAAGUCGUGGCUGACGAAACAGCACGGGAAGGCAUGCCCAGUGUGCAGAGUUCCGCUGGACGUCAGUAGCCUUCAACGUUUCUCCAUUCAAGACAAGAGCAAGGACGCCCCCGUCUCUUCAUUGCCAGUCAAGCUUAGCAAGGACGGAGUACCGAGGUCACUCCGAACGAUCGAGUACAAUUAUAUCAAAGCCAGUUUAUUCGAAGAUAUCGCGGCCACAGAAUCCGAAGGAAGCUACGGCUCAAAAAUCCAAACGCUCGUUCGGCACCUUCUGUUGCUUCAACAGUCGGAACCAGGAGCGAAGAGCAUCGUGUUCUCGGCAUGGGCUGAUUCGCUGUCGAUUAUCGAACAUGCGUUGAACAUGAACGGGAUACCUUGCUUGCGGAUCGAUUCGACGAAAGGCAAGCAGAACGCUGCGAAGAGAUUCCGAACGGAUCCCGAUCUCCUAGUUUUGCUUCUUCACGGGGAACGUGAAAAUGCAGGCCUGAACGUAACGUGUGCCUCGAGAGUAUUCCUGCUCGAGAGCGUGGUCCAGCAUUCGUUCGAGAUUCAAGCUAUCGCUCGAAUCGAUCGACUUGGACAGACAAGGCCUACCGAAGUGUAUUGCUACUAUGCUGAAGAUACGGUGGAGAAAAACAUCCUCGACUUGGCCGCGAGGGAGGGACUUUCGCUCUAUACCAAAGACAGCGCACAAGGGACGCUCAACGUGACGCCACUCGCGCCUGACUCUGAGAAGAAUGUCGUCGAUUCGCCUUCCAAGGGAAAAGGAAAGGGAAGGAAAGCAGCAGGGACGCAGAAGGGUGACUUCAUCAUCAAGACGGACGACAUGCUUGCGAUUCUAUUCCCUCAUUUAUAUGAGGACUUGGAGUUCUUGAUACCGCCAGAGGCUAGUGGUGCCAAUGCCGGUGGGAGUGACUCGCCGCAGCGAACGGCUUCUAUGAGGUCUCUCCAGCAGAACGCUGUCGCAGGGCCCUCUCGGACGCAUUAG